AUGUUCAUAUGCGAACGCGGAGCUCAGACCUCUCGCUUCGCUCGAGCCUUCGCUCCGCGUUCGCGCAAAAUUUUUCAAGUAAAAAUCUACUUUGUCCAGAGGAUUAUGAAAAAACGUCACUUUUCAUAUACAUACGGAUCACAAAGUACAUCUUUCAAGUAUAAAUAUCUUCUUAAAGAUGGUAAAGAAGUUGAGCUCACUAAUCCACUUCCUCCAGGAAUGCCCAUUCAUUUAAUUCAUAACCAAGUGACAAAUGAUUCAAAUUGCUCCAACAAUUCUCAAGCAGAAAAUGAGAAAAGAACACUAAAAGAUCUUCUUCUAUAUGGAUCAAUUGUUGUAUGUCCGAUUUCAGGAGUCCUCAUAUACUAUUACAUGAAGAAGAGAAGACCGAUUUUUGCUGAAAGCAUUCGCAAAUUCACGCUUGCUACAUUCGCCACUCUUGGUAGGAUUUUUCUACUUGCUUUAUUCUAG